AUGUCCGGAGAAAAGAUCUACGAGGGCGUCUUUGCGGUUCACAAGCCCCAAGACGUCAGCUCCGCCGGUGUCAUCCGUGACCUUCAACGCCAUUUCAACCCGUCGAAACUGUUCGAGCCCUGGAUCACGACCGAGCGAGAACGACGCGAGCGCGAGAGUCAAUUCCAACGCAGGCGUCGUCGACAGCAGAAGGUGGAAGUCAAGAUCGGCCAUGGAGGAACCCUUGACCCCAUGGCGACGGGUGUGCUGGUAGCGGGCGUAGGCAAGGGUACGAAGUUCCUCAACAACUUCCUGGGGUGCACCAAGUCCUACGAGACGGUGAUUCUUUUCGGAGCCGAGACCGACACCUACGACCGGCUGGGAAAGAUCGUGCGGCGAGGUCCCUACGAGCAUAUCACGCGGGAGGCGGUGGAGAAGGCGCUGGAUCAGUUCCGCGGCAAGAUCAUGCAGCGGCCGCCUAUCUUCUCGGCGCUAAAGGUGCAGGGCAAGCCCAUGUACCAAUAUGCGCGGGAGGGCAAGGAAAUUCCCAUUGAAAUUAAGGAACGGCCGGUCGAGGUGAACGAGAUGCGCAUCGUUGAAUGGUACGAGCCUGGAACGCAUGAGUAUAAGUGGCCGGAGGUGGAGGCCGCUGCCGAGGAGAAAGAGGUCGCGGAGAAACUGCUGGCGCAGGACGACACCAUGUCGGCCGUCGCGCCCGUCGAGGGUGUAGAACCAACCGGACAGACCGAGCAGCAGGAUGCCUCGUCGGCGAAGCGCAAGUCCCCGCCUCCGGCCGAAAGCCCCAAAGAAGACGCGGCCGAUGGUGCAGCUAGCCCGGCUGCAGAAGCUGCUCCUGCGAAGAAGCAGAAGGUAUCUGCCGAGGGAGAAGAGACUGUAACCACGUCUGAGCAAACAUCGACGGACGCUCCGGAAGCCGCCGAAGAGUCUGCCAGUUCGGCGCAAACGAAGGAGAAAGCCUCUCAACCGCAGCCUGCCGCCGUGAAGAUCGUCAUGACCGUCACCUCUGGCUUCUACGUCCGCACUUUUGCCCACGACCUGGGAAGGGCCGUCGGGAGCUGCGGUCUUAUGAGCUCUCUCAUCCGAACCCGUCAGGGAGACUUUGAGCUUGAUCCCGAGAAGGUCCUGGAGUACCGGGACCUCGAGGCCGGCGAGGAAGUGUGGGGGCCUAAAGUGAAGGGCUUCCUCGAUCAGUGGGAGAAGAAGCGGGCGGCCGAGGAGGGUCAUAACUGA